GAAACUUUUCUAGAUGGCGCACGAGUUUGUUUAUGGUUACUUGGAAGUGUAAUCGACAAAUGCUAUGAGAGAACCGUUUUGUUUGAACGUGGCUACCACCUGACGCCGAAGAAAACUUCAUCGUUGACAUGGAAAAGCUGGCGAAGCCGCAGAUAAUCUGCCAUAUCGAGAAAUCGGUGGAUUACUCGCCGUUCGAUGCCAAAUGGAUACCGUGCAGUGCAAAGUUCGUGGUUAUGGGCUCGCGGCCGCGGGGUACCGGUAUCAUACAGAUCUACGAGGUGUCCGGCGGUGAAUUGAAGCUUGUCAAGAAUAUAGAGAGGUCCAGCCAAAUGAAAUGUGGCACUUUCAAGGCUUCCAGUCUCCGGGACCGAUACUUAGCUACCGGUGAUUUCAAGGGUACACUGAAUAUCUACAAUUUGGAGGACGCUUCGAUACCGAUUUACACGGCUAGCGCGCAUACGCAGAUCAUAAAUGCCAUCGACGGAGUGGCAGGUACCAGUGUGGGAUGCGGUGCGCCCGAGUUGGUAACCGGAUCCAGAGAUGGAAGCGUAAAAGUGUGGGAUCCCAGACAGAAGAACCGACCAGUCGCCGUAAUGGAACCUAAGGAGGGGGAGACUCGGCGAGAUUGUUGGUCAGUGGCGUUCGGCAACUCUUACAAUUCUGAGGAGAGAGUAGUCGCUGCGGGAUACGACAAUGGUGAUCUGAAAAUGUUUGACCUGCGGGCGAUGUCGGUGAGGUGGGAGAGCAAUUUGAAAAAUGGAGUUUGCAGCCUCGAAUUUGACAGAAGAGACAUCCCGAUGAACAAACUGGUUGCAACGACACUCGAGUCCAAGUUUUAUCUGUUCGACUUGAAGACUCAGCAUCCCAAAAAGGGCUUUGCGUAUCUGGUUGAAAAGGCACACAAGUCGACGAUAUGGCUAGUCAAGCACUUGCCGCAAAAUCGUGAAUUAUUCGUGACCAGUGGCGGCGAGGGAAUAAUUUCUCUCUGGAAAUAUAAUUAUCCUGAAAAAAGGAAAACCACAGACGCUGAUGGAAUCGAGCAAGGUGUCGUCGGUAAUGUCAGCCUGCUGCAGAAUUGCACGCUUUCAACGCAGCCCAUUAGUUCCCUAGAUUGGAGUCCGGACAAGCAAGGGCUCGCAGUGUGCACGUCGUUUGAUCAAUGUGUACGCGUUAUCAUCACCACAAAACUGAACACAUAUUGAUUAAGUACCAGAAAGCUCUUGUAAAUACAUGUACCAUAACAAAGUUCUCGAAAAUGUCAUAAACUCUGUUUUAAGAUUUUUGUUAUACACGUAAGUUAACUAGUAAAAUUCUUGAUUCGCUUUACGUUGCUUCACAUAAUGAAAAUCGAAUAAAAAUGGAGUGCAUAAAGAGGAAAA